AUGGAGAGCGGCGGCGGCGGAAGCGCGUCCUCGUCGCGCGCUUCGACGUCCGACCAGAGGGCCGCCCACAGGGAGGAGGAGCGGGAACCUCCUAGCCUCUGGUCCAGGUACUUCUCGCUCCCGGUUCUGCUGCUCAUCGGCGUCACCGCGUCGCUGGUGAUCCUCCCGCUCGUGCUCCCCCCGCUACCGCCGCCGCCGUCGAUGCUGAUGCUGGUCCCGGUGGCAAUGCUGGUCUUGCUGGUCGUGCUGGCGUUCAUGCCGACGUCGUCGAGCGUCCACGGUGGGAGUGGGACGGGGCCGACCUACAUGUAG